GAGGAGAGAGAGAGAGAGAGAGAGAGAGAGAGAGAGAGAGAGAGAGAGAGAGAGAGAGAGAGAGAGAGAGAGAUUAGGAGCCUCCGGAGCUCUCCCUAAGCUCGAGGGGGGGAGCAUGGGGCAACCCAGGGGGGGGGGGAACGGUGGGCAGGGGUGGUGGACGGGGGGGGGGGAGGCGAGGGUGUCCAGGAGUGGCAUCCCAAUGCGGAGGAAGAGGAGGAUGAGGCGUCAGGAGAUGGACCGGCCAAGGGGAGGGGGAGGGGGAGGGGAGGGAGGGGGAGGGGGAGGGGGAGGGGGAGGGGGAGGGGAGGGGGGAGGGGGAGGGGGGAGGGGAGGCGAGGGGAGCCGGCAGGGGAAGGGGGAGGGGAGGGGAAGAGGUCGCGGCCGUGGUGGACCUGGUGGGAGGGGCAGGGCGAUUGGUGCCGGCAGUGGCACUAAUAGUGAGGGGGAGCUGGAUGUCGGUGGUGGGGAUCAGCGCGCUUGGGGAUGCUGAGGGCGUGGGGGAGGGGGGUCAUGCGGAGUGUGGU